AAAGAUUGUAACAAAAAAAAAUUAGUUUCACAAAACAUACUUUAUUUAAAAUCUACUUACCAUAAUCAUUGAAUACAGCGAUCCCUACUAAUUAUUUAAAAACAACUUAAUGUUUACACUUAGGAAACCAUUGCUUCUCUAGCCAACUGCUGUUCCGGCUACAACAUUUAUUUAUGAUGGACAGCAAUAAACUCUACCCGGCAAUACCUAAAGUCGAGUUACAUGCUCAUUUAAAUGGGUCCUUAAGCCGCAGUACAUUGCUUGAACUUAAAAGAUACAAUGCUGAUACUGGUGUAACUGAUACAUCUGAUGCUUUUUUGGAUGAAUUUCAAAUUGGUGCUGGAGACACUCGGAACUUAUCAGAUUGCUUUCAAGUUUUCAACAUAGCUCAUCGGCUGACUAGAACUCCAGGAAGUUUGGCUUUAGCCACAACACUAACACUAAAAGAAUUUCAAGAUGAUGGUUGCUGUUAUAUUGAAUUGAGAAGUACACCUAAAGAAACACCAUUUAUGACAAGCAGACAAUAUAUUGAAACUGUUUCUGAUACAUUAAGAAGCAAUGCACAUCUCCCAAUCAAAUCUAGACUUAUUGUAUCCAUAAAUAGAAACAGUUCAAUUAAAGAAGCAGAAGCUAUAUCAGAGUUAACUAUCAGUUGUUACAAACAAUAUCCUGAUGUUAUUGUUGGUAUUGAAUUAAGUGGAGACCCCAAUAUAGGUCAAUUUAAAGACUUUGUGCCUUCUUUGACAAAAGCUAGAUGUGCUGGUUUAAAAAUAACUUUGCAUUGUGGUGAAGUAUGUAACCCCAAAGAGGUACUGGAAAUGUUAAUUUUUCGCCCAGACCGUAUUGGUCAUGGAGUUUGUAUACACCCAAGCUUUGGUGGUACACAAGAAACAUGGGAUGUUCUAUGUAAAUUUCAAAUACCUGUUGAAAUUUGUCUAACUAGCAAUGUCAAUACCAAAUCAACUCUGGAUUACAAUUCACACCAUUUUAAGGAACUAUAUAAUGCAAAUGUUCCAGUAAUCAUAUGUACUGAUGAUAAGGGAGUGUUUUGUACAUCUUUGUCUCAAGAAUACAGAAUAUGUGCGGAUGUGUUUGGUCUCCAACCACCACAAUUAGCUAAAAUGGCACUCAAUGCAGUGGAUUAUGUGUUUGCCAGGGAAGAACAAAAAUCCAUCAAAGAGAAGAUUUUGAAUUUUAUUAACAAAAAUGGUUUAGAGUGUAUGUCAUAGAAAUAAAUUUAAAAA